AUGAGAGACCGGAUUAUUGAUGACCAGAUAAGGAGGGAGCGGGAAAUCUUUAUCCGGCUCCUCAAGGAAGAGAAAGGAGAGGCCAUUUGCACCCUAGCUUCCUCCUAUCACGAUGGCGCUCCAUGCCAUAUCUUUGCGGUAACACAUGGAUCAUUCAACAUCUGCUUCAUGAUCCAAUUCAAUGAUCCUCUUACCACCCCGGCAGACAGAUGGGUAGUGCGCAUACCCUUUCCUGGACGGGUCCCAUGGAUCGACGAGAAGAUUGACUCGGAGAUAGCCACAAUGAUGUAUAUACCCCCUGACGAAUACUCCAUUGGGUCACUCACGAUGGCUAGGUAUAUAGCCAAAAACACAACUAUUCCGAUCCCCAAGAUUCAUGCAUGGUCGUAUGAAGCGCAAAGCCCAAUUGGUCAUGCCUUUAUCAUCAUGGAUCACGUCCAAGGCACGCCGCUAAACGCCCUAUUGUUCCGCAGAGAAGAGAGAUGGGCAGGUAGCCCAACCCAUCCGAGCCCUGACCUAGCUCGUGUCCAUGAACAACUCGCGGAUAUCUAUAUCCAGCUUCGUGGUCUAGAGUUCCCUGAGAUUGGGGCGCUUGGUAUGCCUACGUCGGAUUCAUCGGGAAUCACCAUUCGUCAUCGACCGUUGCCGAUUGAGGUGGCCCUCCAGGAAGUCGAGAAGCUCAAACCGACAGAAUUCUUCCCCGAGAAGAAGACAUUCAAGACAGCUAGGGAGUACAUCCAAGCCCUAGUAAAACUAGGCCAUAACCGAUUGGUUAGGGCUGAAGACCCCGACAUGGGGUCCCUGGAAGUUGCCUCGAGAGUUGCCUUGGCUCAUAAUGAGUUCUAUAAACAUAUGCUCACUCGUUGGCAGUGGAGAACAAAGAGCAAGCCAUUUGUGCUAAUGCACGGCGAUUUAACCUUGCAUGGGAAUAACCUCCUCUGGGACGACAAGCUGAACCUCGUUGCUGUCCUCGACUGGGAAUGGUGUCACGCAGUCCCCGUCUCCUUUUUUAUCCCCCCAGCGUGGCUCGGAGGGUUUUACUCUAACCCAAUCCGCGAACUGUGUUGUUCUAGCGUUGGUUACUUUCUAGAGGUCAAGGCUUUCUGCAUGUCUAUUGUUGCAAGAUCGAAACAGUCCCCCCUCGAAACGGAGUGGCAACAACUCCCUCAGGAGCCGCACUGCACGCUGGUGCUCGCACUUUUACACCCUGAAGCCGUCGAUGAUGUCUACUGGGACUCUUUCAUCUAUAGAUUUUACUCUCCAGAUGGUGAGAAGGUUGCUGAAGAGAGGUUGAUGGCGUUCCUCAAGAGGCCAGAUGUCAAUGACUUUCUUAACCGCAGGGUUGCUAGCCAGAAACGCCACGAUGAGAAGUAUCAAGUCUAUGCUGGGCAAGUUCAAUUUGCAUUUAGCGUUCUCGGCUUCCUCAUCUCUACGACGUGCCGCCCUCCGUAUUGCUUCGCUCCGUGCGAGCAAUCCAACCCUAAUGCUUUGUGCGUCUUCUAG